UCUGUUGUGCGAGGUAACUUGUUCGGAAAGAAAGAUAAAAAAAAAGAAGAGGUGAGACAGAGCAUCGAUGGCGCCGGAGCCCGAAGAUGAGAUUAAGGAUGAGAAGAACCCUCGGCCUCUUGAUGAAGAUGAUAUUGCUCUCCUUAAAACCUAUGGCUUGGGACCUUAUUCUGCACCAAUAAAGAAAACAGAGAAGGAAAUUAAAGAAAUGGCUAAGAAGGUCAACGAUUUAUGUGGUAUCAAGGAAUCUGAUACUGGCUUAGCUGCACCAAGUCAGUGGGAUCUUGUUUCUGAUAAGCAAAUGAUGCAGGAGGAGCAGCCUCUUCAGGUGGCAAGAUGCACAAAGAUAAUUAGCCCCAAUUCUGAGGAUGCCAAAUAUGUGAUAAAUGUUAAACAAAUUGCAAAGUUUGUUGUUGGGCUGGGUGACAAAGUUUCUCCAACUGAUAUAGAAGAAGGCAUGCGUGUUGGGGUUGAUCGAAAUAAAUAUCAGAUUCAAAUUCCCUUGCCCCCAAAGAUUGAUCCAAGUGUAACCAUGAUGACAGUAGAAGAGAAACCGGAUGUGACAUAUAAUGAUGUUGGUGGAUGCAAGGAGCAGAUUGAAAAGAUGCGAGAAGUGGUUGAGCUCCCUAUGCUCCACCCUGAGAAGUUUGUGAAGCUUGGAAUUGAUCCUCCUAAGGGUGUUCUCUGCUAUGGUCCUCCUGGAACCGGUAAAACACUUCUAGCUAGAGCAGUGGCUAACAGAACUGAUGCAUGUUUUAUUCGUGUUAUUGGAAGUGAACUUGUUCAGAAAUAUGUUGGUGAGGGGGCUAGGAUGGUUCGUGAACUAUUUCAGAUGGCACGCUCCAAAAAAGCGUGUAUUGUGUUUUUUGAUGAAGUAGAUGCCAUAGGGGGUGCGCGUUUUGAUGAUGGUGUUGGUGGGGACAAUGAGGUCCAGCGUACCAUGCUUGAGAUUGUAAAUCAGCUUGAUGGGUUUGAUGCUCGAGGAAAUAUCAAAGUUCUAAUGGCAACAAAUAGGCCUGACACACUUGAUCCAGCACUGUUACGCCCUGGACGGUUAGACCGCAAGGUUGAGUUUGGCCUUCCUGAUUUGGAGAGUAGAACACAGAUAUUUAAGAUCCACACGAGAACCAUGAACUGUGAGAGGGAUAUCCGUUUUGAACUUUUGGCUCGUCUUUGCCCAAACUCAACUGGAGCCGACAUAAGAAGUGUGUGCACUGAAGCUGGAAUGUAUGCUAUUCGAGCACGAAGGAAGACAGUGACCGAGAAGGACUUCCUUGAUUCAGUGAACAAAGUUAUCAAAGGAUACCAGAAGUUCAGCGCAACACCUAAGUACAUGGUCUAUAAUUGAGCGAGCCAUUUUCUCAUUUUUCUAAAACAACUUUGCUGAGGUGAUGAUACAUCCAUCUGCAGAUGAUAUGGACCUUAUUCUCCUUUGACUGACAUUUUUUUUUUACCUUAAUUUAUUAUUUGGAACUUUGAAGUUUGAACUGCUUGUUGGGCUAUUGUGCCAUUUAAAAAGACCCAAUGAAGGCUUAUCCAACUACUUUGCAGGCAUGCUUGAGUCUCAUUUAUUCACUUAAUUUUCGUAUCA